UUGCCUCCUCCUCCUCCAAUUUUACACCGCUCCUCACCUUUUCAUGGAGGAGCGGAAAUGCCCCUCCGAGGAUGGGAAAGAUGAACCACCAUCGUCGAACUCCAUGGCUUUAGUACCCGGACCGCUUCCCCUUGAAAACUCCGAAACCUACAUUGUACAAAUCCCUCGUGAUCAAGUUUACCGCGUUCCACCUCCAGAAAAUGCUAAAAUUGUGGAGAGCCACCGCCGGCCGCCCCAAGAUCGGAAGAAGAAGGCUUGUUUUGGUGGAUCUUGUUGGUGGAUAAUCUUGGCCUUUGCCCUCAUAGGCCUCACCGUGGGCAUUUCUGUUGGAGUGACACGUGCUUUAUACAAACCUAGAUAUCCAACUUUCUCUGUCACAAAAAUUCAUGUCAAGAAUUUGGAACAAUUUAUUAAUGGGCAUCAUGGUUCCAGCCACUCGCCGGAAUAUGACGUCACAUUGAAAGCCCAUAACCCUAAUGAAAGAAUGGAUGUUUCUUUCAAAGGAGCUGCCGGAAAAGCCUCCAUUGAAUUCAAGAAACAAAAAAUUGCACGAGGAGGAGUCCCAAAUCUAACCCUAGAUCCCAAUGGCUCCACAAAUAUUCCUUUGGUCUUGCAUGGCACAAAGGCGUCAAUAGAGAAUGAUAUCAAAAAGAGCCUCGAUGGUACAAAGCCAAAACUCAUGCAUUUGAAUAUUGAAGUGCCUAUGGAGGUUAAAAGUUGGGCCAAGACAGUGCAAAAGGACGCGGCCAUUAAUUGUGAUAUCAAGGUAGAUUCACUAUUAAGAAAGACGACCAAGAUUUUAUCACAAGAAUGCCAAACCAAUUUCUAACCAAAGAAAUUGUGUAGAGAAAUUCGAAUUGGUAAUAAAAUCGUGUUCUUAAUUGCGAGUCCUCUUAUCAUUUCCAAUUUCUUUUAGUUUAGAGCAUUCUUUGUCUCAAAAUUUAUGUUUUUGUGAAUCUUAAUAAAACACAAGACAGGAUUGUUAUA